CAAGCUGAGCCACAGUCCCAAUAUUCCGGUGUAAGGUAUCCACUUAACGCACCAAAUGCAAGGGGAUGGGGUCCCAAUAGAGGAGGUGGCGGGCGUGGAAAUGGUGGUUUUGCCAGGGGACCACCAGCGCCACACAACUCAUCAUCACCUGAUUUAAUGGCGCCUGUGCACCCAUCAUGGGGUCAUGGUGAUGGUGCAGAGGAAUGACGGGGCACACAGAGAACCACCAUGAGGGGAAUGGCUGAGCCCCUCAUGGACAUAGUGGUAAACGAUACACCACUAAAAGCUCUAGUGGAUACUGGAGCUACAUACUCCACUGUAAUAAGAGGCACCAUACAGUCAAAAGAUCUGAGUAAUAAAACAGUGAGUGUGAUGGGUUUCUCUGGUGAAAUUGAAAAGUGGCCAUUAACUAAACAUUUACCAACAACAAUUGCUAAUCAAUCUGUCACGCAUUCAUUUCUGUACUCCUCCAAUGCACCCAUUCCUUUACUGGGCAGAGACUUGCUAAUUAAAUUAGGGGCCAGUAUACUAUGUUCACCUGAUGGUGUCAUAGUUGGAUUUCCAGAUGGAAAUACUAUAAAUUGUUCGUUGGGGUCAACAGAGACAGGAAAUCAAUGGAUGUUGGUGGGGGGAAAGUAUAAAGAGUUAGUUGACAUUUAUUGGGCAGAACUGGAGACAGAUUGGGAAGAUGAGAUGUCCAGUAGCAGUGUAGUGACCCUUUACAACACAUAUAAGCCAUGGAUAAACGACAUAGCCCUAUUUCUACCACCCAUAGAUCCAUUGCAUUGUACUAUGUUUUAUGACAGAUUUGAUAACACAACCUAUGAGGAACUUUUUCAGACCAUUGAGGGAACCAAGUGGAGGUUGGUGGGUGAUGGCAUAUUUGUGGGCCAACAGGGUGUGGCAGCCCCAAUUGUCUUAUCAGAAGAACAAAAAGAAUGGUACAGAAUGUCUGACACAGCUGCACCUCACAUUUCACUGGCAUUACAUCCUAAUCAUGAAGCUAGAGAGUUAGGCAGCAUGGUUAAAAAACUACUCACUGUAACCGAUUGGCAGAAUACAAAUAUAACUGGGGUGUUGUAUUCACACAGUCAUGAUGUGUAUUGGAUCAAACAACAGACUGAGGAUGUAGCCAUCCUAAAACAUGAGCAACUAGCCAGAAGUCAUGGUAGGGAAAACACAGACGGCGAGGGAACUGAAAAAAUGAUUGAAAGCAUGCCACGUGACCUAUGGUCUCAGGGCCCAACUGAUGUAGGCUUUUGUAACAUCACUCCAGUUUCAUUUAAAUUGUCUACCACAGAACCAGUGUGGGUACCCCAAUACAGAAAUAAACCAGACGCAGAGGAGGGAGUGAGGCCAACAGUAGAGGGUUUAUUGAGCAAACAAGUUUUAACUCCAACCAAUUCUGAAUGGAACACUCCAAUUUUUCCUGUACCAAAACCCGGCUCAAACAAAUAUAGGUUAGUACAUGAUCUCAGAGCUAUAAACACUUUGGUGGAGACAGGAACACUGAAUGUACCAAACCCAUAUGUGGCCCUGUCCAAUUUGUCGCCUGCACAUCAAUGGUUCACAUGCAUUGACUUGGCUAAUGCCUUUUUCUGCAUACCCAUUGCUGAUGAAUGUAAACCAUGUUUUGCUUUCACCUACAGGGGGCGCCAAUACACCUAUAACCGUUUACCUAUGGGGUUCAUUUUGUCACCAGGCAUUUUCAAUCAGGUGUUGCAACAGGAAUUGACCAAAUGUGAGCUACCUGAAGGAUGUGUAUUGAUUAUGUAUGUUGAUGACCUGUUAUUGGCAACCACGUCCAUGGAAACGUGCAUGGAAGCUACCAAAUUGGUUUUGAAACAGCUAUACAUAUCGGGUUUCAAGGUGAGCAGGGACAAGCUGCAAGUUUACAGACCAUGUGUAACCUUUAUGGGCAGAAUGGUAACAGCGCAGGGUUCAACAUUAACCCCGCAACAGAGACAGAGCAUCAUUUCUCACCCAAGGCCAGAAACUGUUAAAGAUAUGUUAUCAUUUCUAGGCCUCACAGGUUUCAGUAGACAGUAUAUACCAAUGUAUGUGUCAGCUACUGCACCUUUAAGGGACUUAGUGAGAGAGCAGGGCAUGAAAAACUUGAAAGCAGAGUUACUGUGGACCCCAGAGGCAGAGCUGGCCUUCAUUUCAUUGAAAGCACAACUGUCACAGGCAGCCCAUCUGAAUUGUGCAGACUACGCCAAGCCGUUCAUCUUAGAUGUAUCUGAAACACAAAACAGUGCACACGGGGUGUUAUACCAGAAGUCGCCAGGUGGUAGGAAGGUUUUGAUGUACAGCAGUGUUUUAUUGGACCCAAUUGAACAGAGACAGCUAGCAUGUGCACGCUAUGCAGCAGGACUUGCGAAAUUGAUAACAAAAACAUCACACAUUGUCAUGGGCCAUGCACUAACAGUAUUGACAACACACUCUGUAAUGUCAUUUGUAAAUUCAACUGCUUUCACUUUCUCUCCCCUAAGGCAGCGGAAGUUGGCAAAGAUUUUGGCAAGCCCCAAUAUUACGUAUGUGCAUGAGGGAGUUAAUAUGGCAGAUUUAAUCACUGAGGGUGAACCACAUGAUUGCAUACCAUUGACUGAAAAAGCAAAUAAAUUGAGAGAUGGUUUGUUCGCGGUACCACUGACAACUCCCCCACCAGUAAUCACACUGUUUACAGAUGGUUGUUGUUUCAGAGCAGCAGAUGGCACGUUGAAGGCAGGGUUUGCAGUCAUUGAACAGGUUGAAAAUGAUUUUGUGACAAGAGUAAGUGGCAAAUUGGAGGGUAAACAGUCAGCACAGAGAGCAGAAAUGAUAGCUGUGAUUAAAGCCUUGCACUACGCUGGUGAACAAAGGGUGACCAUUUUUAGUGAUUCUGCAUAUGUGAUUGGUGCUGUACAUGUUGAGCUGCCAGUUUGGCUGAGAUGUGGGUUUUUGACAACAACAGGCCGGCCUAUAACUCACGCUAGCGAGGCCAGAGACCUAUUGCAGGCUCUGUUGCUGCCAGAAGAGGUGGCUGUGGUAAAAUGCCAGGGUCAUGCAAAAGCAAAUUCAGUUAUUGCUCGUGGUAACGAUGCUGCUGACUGCGCUGCCAAAAAUGCUGCCGGGUACACAGCCGCACAAUUUCUUGUAACAUCGGAUAGAACAAAAUCAGACAUUUUACCGCGUUUCACUCGCGAAUAUCUAAUAAAAGAGCAGGCUGCUUCUGCACCUAAUGAGAAAAAUACGUGGAGGGACCAUGGUGCUGUCAGAUCUGCUGACGGCCUAUGGCAGGCCCCAGACGGUAGACCUGCCAUGCCAAUGUCACUUUGUGAAUCAUUGCUGAAACAAGUUCACUCACCUGGCCAUGUGUCUGACAAGCAGAUGCUCCGCGAUCUGCAACAUUGGUGGCAUCCUUUUUUAACAUCUAUGGUAACAAACUACACCAGAUCGUGUGAGGUUUGCUGUGAACAUAAUAUUAAGCCAACCGUUAAGCCGCAGAGAGGGUCAUUUCCAAUAUCUACCGGGCCUGGUGAUGAAAUUGUGAUUGACUUUACUGACAUGGGCUCGAAGGUGAGAGGCAAACAGUAUGUCUUAGUCAUUGUUGACUAUUUUACUUCCUGGCCGGAGGCUUAUCCGGUGGGGAGAGAGGAUAGCACAGCUGUGAUUAAAUGUCUCAUUAAUCAUUACAUUCCGAACCAUGGUUUCCCCAGACGUGUCAGAUCUGACAAUGGUAGUCAUUUCAAAAAUGAACAUCUCAGACAGGUGGAGCAGGCCCUCGGUUUGACACAUAGCUUUGGUGCGGUUUACCACCCACAAAGCCAGGGCAAAGUGGAAAGAAUGAACCUGACAUUGAAACUAAAAUUGGCCAAGGUUUGCGCGCAAACAAAACUAACCUGGUUGGAUGCAUUACCAAUUGCAUUAAUGUCUAUCCGCUCUUCUGUUAACAGGAUUACUGGUUUCACCCCAUUUGAAUUGCUUACAGGUCGUCAGUUUCCAGGUCCAAGGAAUGCCCUGGUGCAGGAUCCAAUCCUGCCUCUAACACAUGCCGCUUACUUUGACAAACUAACUGCUCUGAUUAAACAUUUUUCCUGCCAGGCUACCAACACUGCUGCUGAUGCUAGUGACCAAACUGUAAGCACAGCUGACUGGGUGAGAGUCAAGGUGUUCAGGAGAAAGUGGAACGAGCCAAGGUGGUCCAAACCGCUGAGAGUCACCGCUAGGACGUCACAUUGUGUAAAGCUGCAAGGGAAAGGCGACACCUGGUUCCAUCUCUCUGCUUGUGUUCCAUGUGAUUCUCCCAGCAGGUCUCUCACGGAAACUGGUGUGGACCUGAGGACUCAGGUCCAAGAGAGGGAGAGUGUUGAAAGUGAAAGUGAAUUAGCUGGAAUACAGAGAGAGCAAACAGGAAGUGAAACAUCAGUGGUAACACUCGCACAACACAAACAACAAAGUCAACAAACACUCUGUAAAAUUGUGCAUAAAAAAGGUGACAUUUUUUCCAGCCCAGCAACAGAACCCCUAGCACACUGUGUGAGUGCAGAUUGUGCCUAUGGAGCAGGUAUAGCCGUACAAUUCAAAGCGAAGUACGGUACACAAAAGGUUGUAAGACAGAACAAACACACAGGUGAAUGUGCAGUUACCCACGAGGACGACGGCAGAUUGAUUUUUCAUUUAAUAACAAAACAAAAUUGUACUGAUUUACCAACAUACGAGAAUUUUACCCACAGCCUCAGACGUAUGAGAGAGUGGUGUGAGAAAGAAAACAUAACAAGUGUAUCCACUCCCCGGCUGGGGUGUGGCUUGGAUAAAUUGGAUUUCCACAAAGUGCUGGGAAUCCUGACAGAAGUGUUCAGGGACCUGAACAUCACAAUUACGGUUUAUUCAUUGUGA